CCGCACUUCCCCUGACUCUACCCGAUCUGCUGCAGGCAUGGCUUCAGAUCGCCCGGCCAAUGACUUGGAUCAAUCACUUCUGGACAGACUCAACGCCCUCAAGUCCACCAGUGUCACGCUUGAUACUAGCAGCAAGCUUGGCCCACUCAAUCCCGCUUCUACCACUACCAAUGACACCGCACAAGUGAAGCCUUCUUUGGCCAUUGGCUCUACACCGUCGGUUUCAAAAGACGAUGCUCUGACCGAGAGGUUGCGGGUGCUCCGUAAUGCAUCUUCAACAUCAGUGCCGUCGUCAGCUUCUCGAGGAAGUGGUCAGGCUUCUACCGCCUCGCCAAAGCCGGAACCAGAUACACGAAUGAAAGGCCAUGAUAGUUCCCAGCCUCUUCCCAAAAGAGGACAAACGCCAGUUUCACGAAACCUCAACCAGGAAUCAUCUCAGGAUGAGGAUACAAAGACCCAGAUCCAAACGCAGAUACUAUCCUCAGCUUGGGGUCUAGAAGAAGUAGACGAUCAAGCUCUGGAUGAGCUUCUGGAAGGUCUACAAGAUGACCUAAACCUGCAAGAAGAUGUUCCUGCCGAGGAGGAGGAUGAGGAAGACAUUGAUCUUCAUGCCAUUGCUAACAACAACAACUACGACGACGAUGAUGGCAUAAUCGAAAACGACGAGCACAAAGUCCAGAAACUUCUAUCGGAACUCGCUCCCAAGCCAAACAACAAUUCAUUUGCAGACGACCACGACGAUGAUGACUCGGACGGCGAAGCAAUGACCAAAGAAACCAACAGGGUCCUCAACCAAGUCCAGGACGAAAUCAACCUGAGCGGCCGCCCUACCGACGAUGACAACGACGACGACCCCUUCUCUCUCCCCUCCCCUCCGUCCGGAACCCGCACGCCCACAUUCACCACCACCUCCCCCAAGCAAGAACCCUCCCUCACCCUCCCCACCGUCCCCUCCUCCACUCUCUCCUCCCCUGCCUCCUCCGGCAGCUGCAAACAAGUAACAGACGACAUCCCCUCCCUCACCGCCCGCCUCUCCCACCUGCGCUCAACCCCCAUCAAAACCGACGCCUUCGGCCUUCCCUCCGUACCCACCACCACUUUAAUUCUACCCGCCGAUGAUUCUUCUUCUUCUUUUCUCUUUCCUCCUCCUCCCCCGCCUGCUUCUGCAAAGUACCAGACCAAAAGUACCAAAAGAUGGGUAGGCAGAAACGAGAGCUAUACCGACGAGGAUGCGAGGAGGUGGUGUAAAGUUUGUUUGGAGGAUGCUACGAUUAGAUGUGAAGGGUGUGAGGAUGAUGGGUACUGUGUGAGGUGUUGGAGGGAGAUGCAUGUGGGCCCGGCGGCGGGGUGGGAGGAGAGGGGGACAUCGGUGGUUUAG